AUGGCUUGGCGAGCGGAGUUCUUAACAGACGACACCUACAAACAUCUGGUUGCUCAGGUGUGUAUCGAUAUUACAGCAGCCCUGCCAACAAUUCUCCUGAAUUCGCUGGUUAUUUUCGCCGUGGUAACAAGACAACGACUACGAAACAACUCUACCAUACUUCUUGCUUGUCUAGCAGGGACGGCUUUGUUUACUGGCCUUGUUGGUCUACCUCUUGCCUUCUCGCUAGACUUGAAGCGCCUUCUUGGUGUUGGGCCAUUUUGUUCUCCAGAAAAAGCAUUGAAUGUGAUAAUAACGAUAUCAAUUUUUGCUUCGUUGGGUCAUUUGGUCGUGAUCAGCAUUGAUCGCUUUAACGCUAUCAAAUACCCCCUGAGGUACUUGGAUAUUGUCACAGAAGAGAGAAUAAAAACCAGUAUUAUUCUAGCCUGGGCCAUUGCUUUGAUAAUGGCAAUCAGUGAACUUGUUCUGGCUCUAAUAGGCAGUAAAAGCGUCUGCCUGAUUUAUUCAGUCGUGAACUCUGUGACACAAAGUGUUACCGGAAUUCUUUUCAUUAUUACUAUUUCAUUGUGUUAUGUUUACAUUUACUCAGAGACACGAAGACAAUUUAAACGCCUCAAAACCGAACAACUGCCUCAAGAGCAAGUCCAAAGAAUCAAGAAAGACAGAAGGGCAGCUAUCACUCUGGCAAUCGUUCUAAUUACUUAA